AGAGUGUAAAGGCGAGAGACUAGGACUGGGCUACAGAUGCCUGGCUUACAGGAACUGGCUCUUUUCCUCAAGCCCCAUUAAGCAGCCCACUCCAGUUCUUGAUCUUUGUCUCCCAGUCCUGCGGUCCUUUCUUUCCUUGGGCUGCAUCCACAGCCCUUCUGAGUGGCUGCUAGCACUUUCUCAGUAUGAACUGUAUAUCAGACUUCUUCACCUACGAGACUACCAAGUCGGUGGUUGUGAAGAGCUGGACCAUUGGGAUCAUCAACCGAGCCGUCCAGCUGCUGAUUAUCUCCUACUUUGUGGGGUGGGUUUUCUUGCACGAGAAGGCCUACCAAGUGCGGGACACCGCCAUUGAGUCCUCAGUGGUAACAAAGGUGAAAGGCUUCGGACGCUAUGCCAACAGAGUCAUGGAUGUGUCAGAUUAUGUGACCCCACCCCAGGGCACCUCUGUCUUUGUCAUCAUCACAAAAAUGAUCGUUACUGAAAACCAAAUGCAAGGAUUCUGUCCAGAGAAUGAGGAGAAGUACCGCUGUGUGUCUGACAGCCAGUGUGGGCCUGAGCGCUUCCCGGGUGGGGGGAUCCUCACUGGCCGUUGCGUGAACUACAGCUCUGUCCUCCGGACCUGUGAGAUCCAGGGCUGGUGCCCCACCGAGGUGGACACUGUGGAGAUGCCUAUCAUGAUGGAAGCUGAGAACUUCACCAUUUUCAUCAAGAACAGCAUUCGUUUCCCUCUCUUCAACUUUGAGAAGGGAAACCUCCUGCCUAACCUCACCGACAAAGACAUAAAGAAGUGCCGCUUCCACCCUGAAAAGGCUCCAUUUUGCCCCAUUUUGAGGGUAGGGGAUGUGGUUAAGUUUGCUGGGCAGGAUUUUGCCAAGCUGGCCCGUACGGGUGGAGUUCUGGGAAUUAAGAUCGGCUGGGUGUGCGAUCUGGAUAAGGCCUGGGACCAGUGCAUCCCCAAAUAUUCCUUCACUCGGCUGGAUGGAGUUUCUGAGAAAAGCAGUGUUUCCCCUGGCUACAACUUCAGAUUUGCCAAGUACUACAAGAUGGAGAAUGGCAGUGAGUACCGCACGCUCCUGAAGGCUUUUGGCAUCCGCUUUGAUGUGCUGGUAUACGGGAAUGCUGGCAAGUUCAACAUCAUUCCCACCAUCAUCAGCUCGGUGGCCGCCUUCACUUCUGUGGGAGUGGGGACUGUUCUCUGUGACAUCAUCCUGCUCAAUUUCCUCAAGGGGGCUGAUCACUACAAAGCCAGGAAGUUUGAGGAGGUGACUGAGACAACACUGAAGGGUACUGCCUCAACCAACCCAGUGUUCGCCAGUGACCAGGCCACUGUGGAGAAGCAGUCCACAGACUCGGGAGCCUAUUCUAUUGGUCACUAGGGUCUCUUCCCAGAGUCCCAUGCUCACCCUUAGGCUGCAGAACCUUCAACAGGCCACUCUAUCUAAGCAGAUGGGGGGUGGGGAAGAGGGGCUCUUAUUUCUGCUGUACACCCCAAAGACCAUGUCCAGGUAUCUAGGCCCUCACUGUUCAGCAGACAAGGAAUGCUUCCCACUAGGGCCUGAAUCUUGCCUUUACCCCUUGCAUGCAUGUCUCCCAUCUGCUUCCCCCGUCCCAGGACAGCAGCAUUCAUCCCUUUCCAAAGGAUAGUGAAAAUGGUAGCUAAGAUUAUAUCCGUAGGGCCUACCACGUACCAGGCCCUUCCAUACACAUUAUCUCUUUGCACCCUUAAAAUAAUCUUAUAGGGUAGAUUUCUGGGUUUUUUGUUUUUUGUUUUUGUUUUUAAGAGAAG